AUGAUUUACUGGAGCAGAGUUGCUCAAUCUCAGCUGAGACUUCUAUUGCAUCAGUGGCCCAGACAUUAUUUCAAAAUUUCCUAUGCUUCCUCUCUUGUUCGCAAUGCUAACUUUCACUUGGGUGCGUUUGCGUGGGGAGACCGUUUAUCAAGAAUUGAUGUAAGGCCUGGUGAGUUUUACUACAAUACCAGGUUCUUCGCUUCUAGCUAUUCUCAGGUUAGGGGAAGGAAGGAAGACGAAAACACUGGUGAGCCCCGUCUUAAUGGGCACAUUACAGGCAACAUUGUAAGGCUUGUGACUGAUUCAGGGCACAAUGUUGUUUCACUGAGUGAAGCACUAGAACAAGCGAAGAGAAUGAAUCUUGAUUUGGUUGAGGUUCAAAGGACUGCUGAUCCACCCGUUUGUAAAAUCAUGGACUACCACCGGGAGAAAUAUGCUCGAGAUCGAGUUCAGAAGGAAAAAGAGCGUGCUAAAAGUAAGUCAGAUGUGAUGUUGAGAAAAGGAGCUUGCAAGGAAGUUCGAUUUACCAAGAAAACUGAACUAAAAGAUUUGAAAAUGAAAGCAGAUUCUGUGAAAAGAUUGAUGGAGCGUGGUUACCGGGUGAAGUGUGUGGCUCUGCCUUCGGCAAGGAAGUAUGAGGAGCAGGAGGAUUUAGGAGCAUUGUUAUCCAAUCUCACUGAUUUGCUUGAAGACACAGUUGUGGAAAGUGGACCAUUGUUGGAGAGAAAACAGGCGUACAUUAUAGUUAGACAUAUCAAAUUUGGUCCAUCCAAGAAAGGAACAAAAAAGAUCAAGGAUGCAUAUGCCCCUUCUUCAACUCACACUUCUGAUACAUCUAUAGUAGAUCCUGCUGAAACCGAAACUGAAAUGGAAGAUGAAAUCCUUUUGAAUAAGGAUUAUGUUCCGGAUACAGGCAUGCUGGACAAUCGUUCCCCUUGGGCAGUAAAAGAUCCAGCGAGUAAUACUGUUGGUGUUUCCAAUAUUCCUAAUACUAAUGAUGCAAAUAGACAUAGCAUGGAUCGAGCUAUUGCAGGAAGAGCUUCCAGCUUGACCUCCAAUGCUCCGAAGUUCGAUGAUCCCAGACAAAGGCAUGCUCCAGAAACAGCAGAGAUGGAGGUUUCAGCUGGUAUACCAGAGCCCACAACUUUUGAAAAUAGGUAUAAAAGAAGUGAACCAGCAAACAACCGUUUGAGAUCUACAUCAGUGGAUAGUAAUAGAUCUCAAGAGGGAGGCUCUUUCAGGUUUGAACCACAAUCUUCAAGAAGUCGACAAAGAUCUGAUUUUAGGCGAGAACCUUCUUCACCUUCUGCUCCAGGUAAUGAAGCACCUGGGUUUGGUGUAUUUAGCUCUCCAAGGGGAGGUGGGCAGUCAGAAGCUAAUAACAGCAGCAACAACAAUGUAGGAAACCGUUAUGGCGCUACCCGGAGGUAUUAG